AUGGCCUUUGGGUUACAAUCCUCACGGGUUUCUUCCGCCUGUGCAACAACUGUCGCCAGUAACCCUUCCCAGUCCGACACGGAUUGCACUGUCAUCACCGGACACCAGAUGGCCACGCUUGCCCAAAGCCCCGAAGACGGCUUCCCACUGCCCUCACUCAAGAUGACCGCCUUCCCGCAGCGCCCGGGCCCCAAUGGCUCCAGAGUCAUCAAGAAGAGACCUUCAAUGCCACGCCUAGGCGAUGGUCUUGUCGAUCUCUUGCUCAAGGUCUCGUCUGACAACCCCGCUGCAGUCGAAUGCGCAAUUGGAGUUCAAUGCUCCCCAUUUCAAAAUCAAGCGCCUUCAAGCUCAAUCGAGGGCAGCCUAGAAGCCGACUCAAAGGUGACAGCUGUCGAGGGCAACCGUCAUGCACACGAUGCUGCCACUCGAGACUACACGCUCGACACUGCUGCUACCUCGACAGAUGAUACCGAUGCGACUGGUUUCGUCGCUGACGCAGUGGUGUGCGAGACAUCCUUCACUUCUGACGAGGACUCUCGCCUGGAUCUUUCAUCACUGGCUUCGCUUGACGGUGUUCACCUUUCGAGCCCAAACUCCACGCCUCCCUCGAGCGGCCAGUUGAAAGGUAGUGAAGCAUAUCAAUCGCCGACCUGGGCUGAGGUUUAUCAGCUGCCCCCGUCCGCUGCGGUUUCCUCUAUGCCUAUCAUGAAUCACACCAGCCAGCACCAGGGAACGUUUGCGAGUACCACCCAGCUGCCUCGAAGUCUCAAUGGCCCGGUCACUCCUACCCGCAGAGACAUCCCUGCCGACAGUACCGCUCUGGUCGCCUCCUUAUACGAUACGGUUAAGAACCUUAUGAACCCCGAGACGAAGCCAGACUGUGCCCGCUCUUCCGAACGUCCCGUGCAGAGCCCUGUCAAGCAAAGCCCCUCGAAACCAUUCUGGACUGGAGCGAUGCUUCUGGAAUACUAUGAGAAGGACGUGAUUACUCUACAGCGAUGCAAGGACACCGCUAAGCGCUACGGCUUCUGGGAUGUGUUCAAUACGCUGGAGGGACGCGAGAAAGCCUCUGCAGCAGCAUUCGGCACGCUCGAGCCCCCGGUCGGAUCUUCGCAGCAGUCCCGUGCCAAGCGCAACGUCGUCGGCGAUGUUGCCUCCCUUACUACGCCCGCUAUGCUAGACGAGAAUUUGGUUCCACAGGAUAUCCAGCCUCUGUUCAAGCAUGAAGUUUCUGCUUACGAUGCGAAGCUCCGGGUAUUGUAUGAGAAGCUCACCUCUAAAUACAUCGGCAUCGAUAAUUCGGAGGCUUACCACGGCAAACCGGUCCAUGUCUUCAUAGAUAUGUCCAACAUCUUCAUCGGGUUCAUCGACUCCUGGAAGAUCGCUCAGGGGCUCCCGGUCCAAGCUUUCAUCAAGGCACCAACCUUCAACUUCCACGUCUUUCACUCCAUCAUGAAGCGCGCCCGUACAAUGGACCGGGGCGUUCUGGCUGGCUCCGUCGGUGCUGCUGUCGGCGGCCUGGCAAAAUGGCCGUCUCAUUUCUUGGAGGCGCAUCAAUUGGGAUUCAAGCUGAACAUCUUCAACCGAGUUCAGAAGAUUUCCCCCCUCCGACCGAAGCGAAGAGGUAGAUCCCCACCUUUGGCAGGAGCCGGCAUGUACAACCCAACCGAAGUCACGCUCACUAGUGGUGACGAGUCUACCGAAGAUGGCUACCGUCCCAGAUACAUCACGAAGAACGGGGAACAGGGGGUGGACGAGAAUCUCCAUCUGUACAUGAUGAACAGCCUGCUCGACUGUAUCGAUAAGCCGGCCACCAUGGUGCUCGCGACUGGCGACGCUGCUGAGGCCGAAUAUUCCGAGGGUUUUCACAAAUACGCCAUCAGAGCGCUCGAGAUCGGUUGGAACAUUGAACUUGUCACAUGGAAGAAGACCAUCUCGCGAGCAUGGACCGAUGCCGCAUUCAUGGACAAGUAUGGUCAACGGUUCCAAAUCAUCUACCUGGACGACUUCCUCGAGGAGCUCAAUGCCGAUCUCCAACCGCGUAUCCGUUAA